AUGGUGAUGGAGCGCAGUGAGGGACGCAGCCGCUGUGCGUACGACAGCCAACUUGGGUACCGCGCUAUCGGCGUCGGCUACAACCUCGAUGACAAGUCUGACGAGCGCAUGCGCGAGAUCUCCACCGUUGUUGCUGACUUUGACAAGCUGUACCGCGGGGAGGAGUGUCUGAACGACGUGCAGAUCAAUGCGCUGCUGGCGUUUGAUGCGCGGCGCUACCUUAUCCGUGCCAAGGAGCGCAUUGAGAACUUCAACAGCUUCUGCUGCAACGUGCAGUCCAUCUUCGCUGAUAUCGCCUUCACUCAUGCCAAGACCCGGCUGGGAGCGCAGUUCAGCCCGGCAAUAGAGAGGGCGCUGAGCUCGCAGUACAAGGAGGCAGCGGAGGAGCUGAGGCGCUCCAAGUGGUGCCGCAAACACGAGGCGGUGUGCCGGGCUGAUACCAGGGCCAUGGAGGAGGGCUGCCCCACUGCUGCUGUCAGCAGCGCCCGCAAGGUGGGAGAGUCGUGGCUUCCUGCCAACAGUCUGACGUGUGUGCCGGCGACAACAACAGUGAUGGAGCGCAGUGAGGGGCGCAGCCGCUGUGCGUACGACAGCCAGCUUGGGUACCGCGCUAUCGGCGUCGGCUACAACCUCGAUGACAAGUCUGAUGAGCGCAUGCGCGAGAUCUCCACCAUUCUCGCAGACUAUGACAAGCUGUACAGAGGCGAGGCGUGCCUGAACGACCUGCAGGUCAACACGCUUCUGGCGUUUGAUGCCCGGCGCUACCUGCUGCGUGCGGGGGAGAGUGUGAAGGCCCUUGACAACUUCUGCUGCAAUGUCCAGGCUGUCUUUGCUGAUGUUGCCUUCACUCAUGGCAAGAGUCGUUUGGGAGCUCAGUUCGACCCCACCAUUGAGAAGGCCUCUUCAUUCCAGUGGAGGGAGGCAGCAGAGGAGCUGAGGCAGUCCAAGUGGUGCAGCAAGAACGAGGCAGCUUGCAAGGUGGAUACUCAGCAGCUGGAGGAGGGGUGUUCCUCUGUGGGUGAUAACGCUGUGUCUGCUUUCCUCCAGGGCUACGUGUCCCUCGGGUGUCCCGUGUUGGACCAUUUUCUCAGAGGCGGCCUGCGAGCCUGCCAGGUGACCGAGCUCGUGGGAGAGGCGGCGAGUGGCAAAACCCAGUUAUGCUUGCAGCUGGCGCUGGCAGUGCAAGCACCUGUGUCAACAACACCCUUUCAGGCUCCUGCGCAACCGCUGCUCGCAUCCUCUGGUUCUCCUAACACGUCAGGAGGCAACGCCGACACGUCACGGGGUGCAGCACUGUACAUAUACACUGAUGGUCGGUUCCCCACCAAACGACUCUUCCAACUUGCCAACAGCAGCCGUUUCCAAAACCUGCUCAAAUCAAAUUCUCCUGGUGCUGUGAACAGCAACGGCGUGCAGACAUGUGAUACCAUCAGCAGCACCGGUGACUAUAAACCUGCGAUCAACAUCAACCCGGGAAGUGAUUGUGGCCAUCCAUGUGACCACGUGUUCAUCAAGGAGAUCCCAACCGUCCAGGAGCUGACCCACUGUUUGGAAGGAGAGAUGCAUGUGGAGCUCGUCCGUGCCAGAGCCCAUCCCAUCCGCCUUCUCAUCAUUGACUCCAUCGCCUCGCUGUUCCGCUCGGAGUUCGACAACUCACGCGACGACAUGUGUCAGCGCACCACCAUGCUCUUCCGCAUCGCAUCUGCUCUCAAGCAUCUUGCAGAUCGGUACAAAAUCGCCGUGGUGGUGACCAACCAGGUCACAGCCUCCAUCGACAACCCACAUCCCAGUGUCACUCCAGCAGCAGCAACAGAAGAAGUAGACGGUGAAGCAAAAUCAGAGCCAUCAGCGUCAGCGACUGUGGCGUAUUCUGGAGCGGUGAAGGCGAGGCUGAACGGCACGGAGAUCACCAGCGCUGCUGGGGAUGUGAAUGCCACGGGCGUCAUCUCCCUCGCUGUCUUCCAGAGUGGCAGCGACUACAACAUUCGCUACGGAGCCAGCAUCCGCCUCACCGCCCCCGGAGCUCCCCUCUCCAUCGCCAUCAGCACCGGCGCUGCCGGCUCGGCAGACAGCGGCGCCGCCCUUCUCGAGUUCUCCGCCACCGAAGCAGCGUGGGUCAACAUGACUUGGAACGGCACCCGCAGGGACUCCCGCGGUCGCAGGCACGCCGCACCCAUUCCGAAAUACUUUGGGUUUUUCCGCCCGGCUGCUCGUACCGGUUAUGUGUAUGGGUUUUCUGGUGUCUGGUAUAAUGCCACGCAGUACAGUAACGCGGAUGGGAAGAGCUAUUUCGAGGUGGCGAAUCUGCUCUUGGCGAAUCCGAGUGGGUACUUUGGGAUUGUGAAGACAGCAGCGUUUGCGGAUGGAGCUGCUCGCGGUCAGUUUGCAAAUUUCUCCCGCCCGACCCCCGACACGUUCUGGCAGCGCAGUUAG